AUGCGUAAUCCUAAUCUGAGGCGUCUAUUAUCCUUUUUCACGAUCGGCAAAAUUCUCAACAUCGUGCUACAUGUUACUGACAAAUAUAAGAUUAAUAAUAUGGUGUCUGUAAAAAGGCUAGGACUCGCCGGCUCCUGUACGUUUUUCAUGACGCUUGUUAUCUAUAAUCUAGGAUUUCCCGCUAUAUUGAAAUCACAAGUCAAAUCUCAAAUUAGGCUGAAAAAGGGGGAUGAAAUACGCGGUUUUUGGGAGAAACUUCCGCAGCCGCUGGAUUUUAAGAUCUACAUCUUCAACGUAACAAAUCCCUUUGAGAUAAAAACAGGAGCGAAACCGAUUGUGCAGGAAGUGGGACCUUUUCAUUACGAUUUGUAUCGAGACAAAGAGAAUAUUGUGGACCGAGAAGCAGACGAUACUGUCGAGUAUAGUUUGCGACAAACUUGGUACUUCAAUCGGGAAAAGAGCGUUAUGUCAGAGGAUGCGGAGAUUUACACGUUUCAUCCUAUCAUGAUAGCAGUAGUCCUGAUCAUUCAAAGAGAUAAGCCAGCUGCGAUGAGUGUCAUUAGCAAGGCGUUUGACAGUAUCUUCCAGAAACCCGAAUCAAUAUUUAUUAAAACCAACAUGAAAGAGCUAUUCUUCCAUGGUGUACGUGUUGAUUGUUCGGAUGUAAAGGAUUUCGCUGGAUCCGCAGUGUGUGGCGCGUUACAGGAAAAAGAAGAUAUAUUCGUCCGGGAGAGCGAGUUACGUUACAGAUAUGGUUUUCUCGCUAAGGCAAAUGGAACUCAGUCCCCGGAUCGCAUAAGAGUAUUCCGCGGAAUCAAGAAUUACAAGGACGUCGGCCGUGUAUUAUCGAUAGGAAAUGAAACAAAGAUGAGCAUAUGGCCCGAUAGUGGUCCAUGCAACGAUUAUCGUGGCACAGACGGAACUAUUUUUCCGCCGUUUCUCACCGAAGAUAGAGAUGUCUGGGCGGUUUUUCCAGACAUCUGCCGAAGUAUAGCCGCUUACUAUGUCGAACCAGGAAUGGUUCAAGGUUUCAAAACGCUGCACUAUACGGCAGACCUAGGAGAUCCGGCCACGAACGAGGAUAUCAAGUGUCUCUGUCUUGAAUCUGAGGGAUGUAUGCCAAAAAAUAUAUAUAAUGCAGGUCCCUGCAAAAGCGUGCCUAUAAGAAUAAGCCUACCUCAUCUUUAUGACUCGGAUCCACGAUACUUGGAGAUGAUUGACGGGUUGAAUCCCGAUCCUGAGAAGCAUCAGAUGACUUUCCACUUUGAAACGAUGACAGGCACGCCGAUAAGAGCGUACAAGAAGAUUCAAUUCAACGUGUUGGUCGGACCUGUUCCUAAACUUAAAUUGAUGAAAUCCUUCCCGGAAGUGCUCUUCCCAAUAUUCUAUAUAGAGGACGGUCUUGAACUCGGGAAUGUUCUGAUAAAACCGUUGAAAAUUGCAUACAAACAAAUUUUAAUCGCAAAGAUAUUGAUGUGGCUUAUGAUGCUGAGUGGAAUAGGCAUGAUGAUCGCCGCCGCGGUAAAACAUUAUAAAGAGAAGAAUGCGGGGAGCGUUUUGCAACCGAAUCUUUUGCUGAAAACAGGCAAAGAGCAGAACAGCGCGUCACAAAAAUCGACAAUCAGCACCAUACAAGCUGGAAUGGUGCCACCCAGCAUUGAUUAA